AUGCGGACGCUAACAUGGUUCUUGUUCUUGCCUCUGUGCCUCUCCUGCGGCUACGCCUUUAUGUUUUCUCCUCUGAGAGAUAAAGUCAAAGAACCCCAGGGGAAGGUGCCUUGCGGAGGGCACUUUCGGAUCAGGCAGAAUCUCCCAGAGCACGCCCAAGGCUGGCUUGGGAGCAAAUGGCUCUGGCUUUUUUUUGUUGUUGUACUGUAUGUGAUACUGAAGUUUCGAGGAGAUAGUGAGAAGAGUAAGGAGCAGAAUCCUGCCCUUCGAGGCUGUUCAUUUCGCUCUCCACUAAAGAAAAAUCAAAAUGCUUCCCCCAACAAAGACUAUGCGUUCAAUACCUUAACCCAACUGGAGAGGGACCUUGUGAAAUUCGUGUCCAAGGUGCGGAAUCUGAAAAUCGCCAUGGCAACUGGCAGUAACCUCAAGCUUCAGAACAUGGAGCGACCUGCAGGCCCACACAAUAUUACCAUCUAUGAAAUAUGGGGCGAAGAAGACUCUGAAUGA